GACGCUCUGUGAAGGUGCGAGCACUUCCGGUCUGUGAGCGUGUGGUUGCUACUUUCCUUAACCGCGUAGUUUGAGCCAUUUCUGCGUCUGGCUGAUACUUCCGGACUUUUUACCUUUCCUUAGGGUUGCAACGACCAAGCAAGGGAAAAGGAGCCUUGGCGGAGAGCGGAGGCAUGAUUCCACCUUCCUUCGUGCUCCAUCACUCAGGACUCCGAAGAUUCCAAAAAGUAGAAGGAAAGAUGACCACAUUCAAAGAGGCAGUGACCUUCAAGGACGUGGCUGUGGUCUUCACUGAGGAGGAGCUGGAACUGAUGGACCCUGCCCAGCGGAAGCUCUACCGAGAUGUGAUGCUGGAGAACUUCAGGAGCCUGCUCUCAGUAGGGCAUCAGCCAUUGCAAGGAGAUACUUUCUACUUCCUACAGGAAGAAAAGUUUUGGAUGAUGGAGACAAGAAGCCAGAGAGAAGGGAAUUCAGGAGGUAGGAUUCAAACGGAGACAGCAACUGUUCCAGAAGCAAGAACACAUGAAGAAUUUUCCUGCCAGAAAAUUUGGGAACAAAUUUCAAGUGACUUAACCAAGUCUCAAGAUUCCACCAUAAAUGACUCUCAGUUAUUUGAACAAGAUGACAGCCCCUCCCAGACUGAGGCAAGACUAUCUACACUUCACACAAGAGAAAAACGUAGGGGUGGAAAGUGUAAACAAUCCUUCAGUGAUCUUUCCAUCUUUGAUCUUCCUCAGCAGUUAUACUCAGGAGAGAAGUCUCAUACAUGUGAUGAGUGUGGAAAAAGCUUCUGUUACAUCUCAGCUCUUCAUAUUCAUCAGAGGGUCCACAUGGGAGAGAAAUGCUAUAAGUGUGAUGUGUGUGGUAAGGAAUUCAGUCAGAGUUCACAUCUGCAAACUCAUCAAAAAGUCCACACUGGAGAGAAACCAUUCAAAUGUGAGCAAUGUGGGAAAGGUUUCGGAUGUAGAUCAGCCCUUAAAGUUUAUUGCAAAUUACACACAAGAGAGAAACCUUAUAAUUGUGAAAAAUGUGGGAAGGCCUUCAUGCACAAUUUCCAGCUUCAGAAACACCAGAGAAUUCAUACUGGGGAGAAGCCAUUCAAAUGUGAAAUAUGUGGUAAGAGCUUCUGUCUUAGGUCAAGUCUUAAUAGGCAUUGCAUGGUCCACACAGCAGAGAAACUGUACAAAUCUGAGGAGUAUGGAAAACGUUUCAUUGAUAGGCUAGAUUUGCAUAAGCAUCAAAUGAUUCACAGAGGACAGAAACCAUACCAUUGUAAAGAAUGUGGGAAGAGCUUCAAAUGGUCGUCAUACCUUUUGGUCCAUCAACGAGUCCACACUGGAGAAAAGCCAUACAAAUGUCAGGAAUGUGGGAAGAGCUACAUUAGUAAGUCAGGUCUUGACUUCCACCACAGAACUCACACGGGAGAGAGAUCUUAUAAUUGUGAUGACUGUGGGAAAAGCUUUAGACAUGCUUCUAGUAUUUUGAAUCAUAAGAAACUCCACUGCCGAAGAAAACCAUUGAAAUGUGAGGACUGUGGAAAGAGGCUUGUACACCAGUCACACUGUAAAGACCAACAGAGAGACCACAGUGGAGAAAACCCAUCCAAAUGUGAGGACUGCUGGAAGCGCUACAAGAGGCGUUUGAAUCUGGAUAUAAUUUUAUCAUUAUUUUUAAAUGACAUAUAAGUUACACGUAUGUAUGGAGUACAGUGUGAACUUUGAUACACAUAUAUAAUGUGUGCUGGUUAAAUCAAUUUAAUUU